AUGCAUAUCAAGGAGAUGCUCGAAGACGCCGAGAGGACUAGCCAGCCGUCCUUCUCGUUCGAAUACUUCCCGCCCAAGACUGCCCAGGGUGUGCAGAACCUCUACGAGCGUAUGGAACGCAUGUACGAAUUCGGACCCAAGUUCAUCGAUGUAACAUGGGGUGCUGGUGGUCGAAUUGCCGAGCUUACCUGUGAGAUGGUUACACAAGCACAAACAUUCUUCGGUCUCGAGACAUGCAUGCACCUUACUUGCACAGACAUGGGCGAGGAAAAAGUCAACGAUGCUCUACAGAAAGCCUACCAAGCAGGCUGCACGAACAUCCUGGCAUUACGUGGUGACCCGCCAAGAGAGAAAGAGAAGUGGACAGCUACAGAGGGUGGCUUCCAGUAUGCCAGAGACCUCGUCAAGCACAUUCGACAGAAAUAUGGGAACCAUUUCGAUAUUGGUGUUGCCGGCUAUCCGGAAGGUUGUGAUGAUAACAAGGAUGAGGAGUCGCUAUUGGAUCAUCUAAAGGAGAAGGUCGAUGAAGGCGCUACAUUCAUCGUGACGCAGAUGUUUUAUGAUGCCGACAACUUUGUGAGAUGGGUCGGUAAAGUCCGGGACAGGGGUAUCACCAUUCCCAUCGUGCCCGGCAUCAUGCCAAUUGCCACGUAUGCCAGCUUCAUCAGGAGAGCGAACCACAUGAACUGCAAGAUCCCCGAGCAUUUUACCAAGGCCCUGGAAUCCGUCAGGAAUGACGACUCUGCUGUUCGAGAGGUCGGAAAGACAUUAGUAGCUGAUAUGUGUCGCAAGAUCCUGGCUGCUGGCAUUGUGCAUCUCCACUUCUAUACUAUGAACCUUGCUCAGGCUACUCGCAUGGUUCUCGAAGAGCUUGAUUGGAUGCCAACAAACAAUCGCCCAAGAAACCCAGCAUUGCCGUGGAAGAAGUCCCUCGGGUUGGGCCGCAGGGAAGAGGAUGUACGUCCGGCAUUCUGGCGCAACAGAAACAAGUCCUACGUUGCGCGAACCCAGGACUGGGAUGAAUUCCCCAACGGCAGAUGGGGUGAUUCACGGUCACCUGCUUUCGGAGAGUUGGACGCUUAUGGCAUCGGCCUAACUGGCACAAAUGAAGCCAACAAAAAGAAGUGGGGAGAGCCGAAAGCCGUCAAAGACAUCGCUGACCUCUUUGUACGGUACGUGGAGAAGGACCUCGAGUCUUUGCCAUGGAGUGAAGCACCCAUCACUUCAGAAGCGGACUCGAUCCGGGAAGAUCUCAUCAGCUUGAACAAGCGUGGCCUGUUGACGGUCAACUCACAGCCUGCCGUCAAUGGUGCCAAGUCCAACCAUCCAAUCCACGGCUGGGGCCCACCGAAUGGGUAUGUCUACCAAAAGUCAUACCUGGAACUUCUUGUUUCGCCCGAGUUAUUCCAGAAGAUCUUGCCACGAAUCCACAACCAUCCCGAUAUAUCGUACUACGCAGUGACCAAGAACGGCAACCUAAAAUCGAAUGCGCCUACUGAAGGACCUAACGCGGUAACAUGGGGAGUUUUUCCUGGACAAGAAAUUGUUCAGCCCACCAUUGUUGAAAGUAUCAGCUUCCUCGCAUGGAAAGACGAGGCUUUCACUCUAGGAGUGCAAUGGGCACGUUGUUAUGACGCCGACAGCCCCAGCAGAGCGCUCAUUGACAAGAUCAUGAGUGAGUGGUAUCUGGUCAACAUUGUUAACAAUGACUUCCACCAACCACGGGCGAUCUUUGAGCUUUUUGAGGGGUUGUCAAUAGACGGCGUAGAAGAUGAGAUUGUGGUACCCCCUAAAGUGACCAACGGAGUUCAGGCGGAGCCACUCGAUUAG